CCGGAUGUUCCCGGUACACACUGGUGCAGAAGGGAAGCGGCCAUGUCGCAGCUCUCAUUCUCUCUGUGGUUCCCGAUUUUAAUCCUCCGGCACAGGCCACCGUUUUAACUCGCAGGCGAAAUCCGUAUUCCUUUGCAAGAUUUCAAACUUCCCGCAUUAUCCCGCUCCCCCUCCCCUCCAGGAAAAAAAAUAAAGAGGGUUUGGUGUGAAACGCCGGAGUCUGUUUUAGUUUGAUUUUUUCAGGACCUUGUUUUUCUGCUCGGGGAGGAACUUGUGAACUGGUGUCAGGGGUUUCCUUUAUGCCCGUGACGUAGCGGAGCGACAGAAGGCAGCCCAGUAACCAGCGGUCCGAGACUCCUCCAAAAUAUUUUGCAGUUUGAUUGUUUUUUAAUAACUUGUGUGUGGGGGGGAAAAGUCGGGGGGUAGGAUCGCGGAGUAGGUUUUCAAAUUCUACGCGGCCGGAGGAGAGGAAGGAAGGAGGAAAUCAACGAUGGCUGUUCUAGAAAUGUUGGAGGUUUUAUUGAAUGUGCCGGAGUUGAACUGAACUCUGCCGGAGAGACACACUUCUCUCACUUCCGUGUUAGCCUGGAGAGUGGGAUGGUGGCAGCGGCACGGAGAAGUUUGCGAACUGAGAGAGAGGGGUGAUCUCCUUCAUUUUUGUUUUUACACAACUUUUCUUUUUAAAAAGUCGAUGGAUCUGUUUUGCUCCUUUGCGGUGAAGAAGCGCCCGGACAGUCGCUAAUCGGAGUUCGUGUGCUGUGGAAUUGGUUUCCAGUUAUCUUUUGAAAUACCCGCAUCAUGGGCUGGAUUGCACGGACGGCUUUUUAAUUCUGGUUUCGUCACAUCUUGAUCUGUAAUUGUGUAACGGAUGGGUUUUGCUCGGUGGGACAUCAGCAGUCGGGAUACAGGUGCUUAAAGUGGUGAUUGAAAUGGUUGUUGUUUUGCAUCGCUGAGAAUACGGGGAUCUAGAUACUUUUAUACGGACGCUAGACACAAAGGAGAGGUAAGCAAACGCGCAGCGGAUCGGGCUGAUUGAUAAAUGCCGAGCUCGGAGGCGGUGCAAGAGGGUCGGGGACGGAGCCCCUCUGAGCAUAAAAAGCCCCGGCAGGAAAGGAGAAGCAAAGGACUCGGCAGCGGUGCGUCGUCCAAGGGCGAGAAACAGCGGGACAAGCCGCGGUCGUCGUCCUCCCGGCGGAAAAAGCGGAGACACGGCCGGGACCGGGAGCUUCAGCUGCCGGAGGAGCCGGGCAGCGAGCGCAGGAGCGUGUUUGAGAGGGACGGGGAGCUGAGGACGCUGGUGGAGUACGACGAUGUCAGCUCCCAGUCGGAGCGGUUCUCCGGCAGCCCCUCGCCCAAGCCCGACCCCCAGCACCGGCUCCUGCUGCAACGGCUGAACGAAGCCGAAGUGGUCGGCGGCGGCGGCGGCGCCGGCGGCGGUAGCAGCAGCAGGGGCUCCUCGCCGGGGAGGAGAUCGAGGAAGGAUCGCCGUUCCUCCCAGCCCAGGAAAGAGCACAGCAGCCGCUCGGCGGAGAGGAACAAGCCUGAGAAGGAGCACCGGAGAAAGGACCAGCAGCACAGCAGGGACCGGGACGCGUCCAAGUCCGGAAGCGGCAGCGGUAGCGGUAGCAGUGGUGCCAAGCCCGGCAGGGACGGCGUGCGAAACAGCGAGAGCAACUGCAAGAAGAAAGCCCCGCUGCCCCUCUCCUCGUUGGACAAAAAGGAGCUCAAGCAACACAAAAGCAGGACACGAGUGGAGAAGGAGACUCCUUCCGCUUACAGGGACACUCCAAAAGCCUACAGGGACGACCGAGAGGAGCCCAGGGCCUAUAGGAAAAGACACUCGUUGAGUCCGGGGGUCAGAGAGGACAGCCCGUACGGAUCGUCUUACGGCCAGGUGUACGAGUACCAGUCUCCCGGCGCUGGCUACAAUCAGUUCAUCUCCCGGAGGAGUCCCAGUUACGGCAACAGGAGACGAUCCCCAAGUCCGGCUUAUUAUGGCCGAGAUGCGGACCUUUAUGGACCGUACGCGUCCAAGUCGCCCGGGACCUACUCAAACAAAAGGCAGCGGUCGCCCGGCAGCCCCUACAACAGGCGCCGAUCGCCCAGCUACAACAGGCACAGCCCGUACGAGCAAGGAGAAAUUGCAUCCAGCCCCUACAGCAGCCGGCGGAGGUCGAGAAGUCCCUACAGAAAGUCCUACAGCCCGAGCCCUGAUCUGAGGAGGACGGGCAAGUCCCGGAGCCGCAGCCCCUACUCCUCGCGCCACUCGCGCUCCCGCAGCCGGCACCGCCACUCCCGCUCGCACAGCCGCCCCUCCAGCAUCUCGCCCAGCACCCUGGCCUUCAAGAGCAGCCUGGCCGCCGAGCUCAGCAAGCAGAAAAAGGCCAAGGCAGCCGAGGCGGCCCGCGCCGGGGCUAAGGCCUCCAACUCCUCCACACCCACCAAGGUCCCAGCCCCGCCUGCCACCGCCACCGUUACCGCUGCCUCUGCCUCAGCCGCCGCCGCCGCCGCCUCCACCUCCACCUCCCAGCCCCCCUGUCCUGGCGGCCAGGCCAAGGAGCCGAAGAAGCCCAAGCUGGAGCGGCCCCCCUCUCCGCCCCCAGAGAAGCCCGCCAAGCUCAAACCGGAAGGCCCCAGCCAGCCCCCGUCGUCCCCGGAGCGCUCGGUCAAAAAGGUAGCCCCCGCGCCUCUUCCUAAAGAAGUGAAAGUCAAAGAAGAACUUCCCCCGCCGCCAAAGGAGAAGAGGAAAGCCCCGGCACCCAGCAGCCAGGGCUCCAAGGAGAAAGAACGACUGGUACUCCCCCUCAUCUCCACCCUCGCGCCCUUACCGCUGCCACCGGUGCUGCCAGAGGACUUGGAAAAUACAGAAAGCGGUUUAAAAGAUGGCCUGCCAUCCAAAACCGGAAAGAAAAAGACAGAGAAGAAGCCGCGGCAUCUUCUCAGUGACCUGCCCCUGCCUCCGGAGCUGCCUGGAGCAGACCCAACUUCCCCUCACAGCCCCGAUGAGAAGAAGCCUGGAUCGGCCGCAAAACGCCGGCCAAAAAUCUGCGGCCCCCGAUUUGGCGAGAUAAAGGAGGCGGAGAUAGACUGGGGAAAGCGAUGCGUGGACAAGUUUGAAAUUAUUGGCAUAACAGGAGAAGGUACCUAUGGGCAAGUCUACAAAGCAAAAGACAAGGACACAGCUGAAAUGGUUGCCCUUAAGAAAGUGCGUUUGGACAACGAGAAGGAAGGCUUUCCCAUCACUGCCAUUCGGGAGAUCAAGAUUCUCCGGCAGCUCAACCACAAGAGCAUCAUCAACAUGAAGGAGAUCGUAACUGACAAGGAGGACGCCUUGGACUUCAAAAACGAUAAGGGCGCAUUUUAUUUAGUGUUUGAGUACAUGGAUCAUGACCUGAUGGGCCUACUGGAAUCUGGAUUGGUUCAUUUCAACGAGAGCCACAUAAAGUCUUUCAUGAGGCAACUAAUGGAAGGCCUGGACUACUGCCACAAGAAGAACUUUUUACACAGAGACAUCAAGUGUUCAAACAUCCUUCUUAAUAACAGGGGGCAGAUAAAACUUGCAGAUUUUGGUUUGGCCAGACUCUACAAUUCAGAGGAGAGCCGACCCUAUACGAAUAAAGUUAUUACUCUGUGGUACCGCCCGCCAGAACUGCUGUUGGGAGAGGAGAGGUAUUCACCAGCUAUUGAUGUCUGGAGCUGUGGGUGUAUUUUGGGCGAACUGUUCACAAAGAAACCCAUCUUUCAAGCAAACCAAGAACUCGCACAGUUAGAACUUAUCAGUCGGAUCUGCGGCAGUCCUUGUCCAGCGGUGUGGCCCGAUGUCAUUAAGCUGCCGUAUUUCAAUACGAUGAAACCGAAGAAGCAGUAUCGAAGACGACUAAGGGAGGAAUUUGCAUUCAUCCCCUCCACAGCGCUCGAUCUCUUUGAUCACAUGCUUGCACUGGAUCCCAGCAAGCGCUGCACUGCUGAGCAGGCUCUUCAGAGCGAUUUCCUGAGGGAUGUCGACCCUGCCAAAAUGCCCACCCCUGAUCUCCCUCUGUGGCAGGACUGCCACGAGCUGUGGAGCAAGAAGCGCAGGCGGCAGAAGCAGAUGCCCGAAGAGAUGACGGCGCCCAAGGUCCCCAGGAAGGACACGGCCUUUGGACUGGACGACAGCAGGAACAGCACGCCCCAGGGUUUCCCCCCAAAUCAGCACAAAUCUCAGGGCGCCUCCGGCACAGAUACUAAAGCCACUGGAUCCCAGCUGACAGAGGAACAGCUGACUGCGUUGCUGAACCUCCUGCAGUCCAAGACCUCAGUCAGCAUGGCCCAGUUUGCUCAGGCCAUGAAUAUCAAGGUGAACCCUGACAUGCUGCAGCAGCUCAACAAGCUGUCCCUCCCGGCCGGGAUCUUGAUCGAUCCUGAGAAACCUCCGGAGCCCCAGCCACCCGAGCCCCAGCCACCCGAGCCCCCAAAGGCGGCGCCGGCAAGCCAGCCCCCCGCGCCCCACACCCCCCCGCUUCCCCCCCUGCCGAAGCCGGAGAGCGAGGUCGUCCCCUCCGCCAUGCAGAACGCCUUCACGGUCCUGCUGUCCCAGCUCCUGAAGGUGCAGCAGACGCAGAAGAAAGACCCCCCUGCCCUCGGAGAGACGGAGCCCAGCACCGCGAGCGACACCCCGCCCGAGGCUCGGCAGCCCCCUGAGCCCAGCCCCGCCUCGACACCAGUGGCGGAAGACGGCGUGGCCCCGCAGCCGAAAGCCCCCGCUCCGGAGCCUCCGCUAAUCCUCCCGCCUGACCAGAGGCCCCCCGAGCCCCCCGAGCCCCCCCCGCCGGCGAGCGAGGACCUGGACUACCGCGCGGAGAGGCCCCCGGCCUCGGAUGCCCACGGCGGAGUGAAAGCCGCCCUGCUGCAGCUCCUGAGCCAGAGCAGCGGCCCCGAGCCGGAGUACCAGCCCGAGGGCCCCUACCACGCAGGAGGCAGCGAUUACAGAGACGGCUACGGGCCCGUGCCCCCCUUCUCUUCUGGCGUUUACCCCCCCGAGGGCUACGGCAGCAGCUACCUGGGCGGUGGCGAGAGGGCCAGCUUCUUGAGCGGCCUAGGCGGAGGCUUGCCGUCGCACUCGCUGAGGGAAAUGUUUAGCGGCGGAGCCGCCGCCCCUCACUCGGGCAGCGGCGGGCGCCCGCUGACUCCCGGCUACCAGGAGCCUUUCCCGAGUUCCCUGGGUUACGGGGACAGCGGGGGCGGCGGAAGCAGCUUUUCGGGCCGGGGGGCAGCCGGGAUGCUGUUCAGUGGGGAUAAGGACCACCGGUUCGAGUACAACCACAGCCCGCUGCCUAUGCUGGCCAACAGCAACGCCGGUGGCGGCCAUCCUGAGAGCGCUCAUGGGGGAGGUAUGUCCCUGCCAGGCAACUUUCACAGCUACAACCACAGCCUCAGCAGACAGGACAGCAUGACGGCUGGGGGACCCCCACAACCCCAGGCCUGGGGCUCCCCCUCUCAGGCCUACGCCCAAGGCUACAGACCGCACAUGAACACAUCCACUCUGAGAGGCAGGGGGUUACCAUACUGAACCUCCGGGAUGGAUGCAAAUGAAAUACAAAUAAACCCUCUCAGGAUUUGACUUUGCAGUUAACAGACUUGAUUUAAAACAAAUAUUCUAAAGAAGGAUUUUUUUUUGUAUUUUGAAAGUAAAACAAACUGGGGUUAGGGAGGGUGGGUUGCUCUUACCAUUUCGUAUUGUUUGUAAUCUAUUCUACUGCUGUCUUUUAAAUUAAGGGUUUUUUUUGUGUACAUUUACCAAGCCAGGUUAUAAUUUUUAUCUGUACUUUAGCUUUUUUUUUUUAAAUGGCUUUAGACAGAAUAGUAUUAAUGUUUUUUAAAUUGCUGAACAAUUCAGCAAACCUGUUAGGUAAAGGCCAAGGAGCUCCUUGUGCACACAUUGAAAGAUAAUAUAAUUUUGGACCAACUACAGUAUGUUUUACAUUCAGCUAAGAAAAUAAUUCUUAAAGACACUGGAUACGUUGGUCUGCAUACGACGUCGACUUUGUACAGGAAGGUCACUUUUGGGUUUGAACUGACUCUCAGUGCUCUUCUGGUGACUGAAAACUAGUACGCCAAGUGUCUUUAUUUAUGGACUUAAAAAAUUACAGAAGCUCUGUUCUGUAUGUAAUUCGGUCGCUUACCCUUCUGAAAAUCAAAUUAGUUGAGACAUUUUACCCAAGUGUAAGAAAGCAAGAAAAACUUUUUGUACUUUGAAAUUUUCCGGUAAUGUUUAUUAAAGAAAUACAAAUAAAAAAAAUGGUCUUUGGUUGCUAACUUUUACUUCAUUCUUGGAACGUGCUCAGAAAUAAAAUUGUAUAAUCAAUGUAUGUCAAAAGCCAUUGCAGAUUAAGCAUAUGGAUGCUAUUACAAUACUAAUAUUAGUCUAUGUGUAAUAUCCACAGAAAUCAUGUUUGUAAAAGUCAUCACUGAAAUUAGUUGUUUUUGAGAAUGGGAGAAAUUUAAAGAUCAAGCAUUUAUAUAAAAAAAAGAUGUUAUCUGCCUGUGACUUUUCUUUUACUUGUUCUUUAAAUUAUGCUCUUAACCAGUUGGUUGCCUUCAUUUCUAAGAUGACAGCUUGCAUUCACAGCUAAGAUGCGUCUUGGUGUGCUGCUCUCUGUCUGAUGCUACCUGCGGUCUAAGAGCCUGGGUUUCUGAGUGGUUAAGGACAAGGACUGUUACCAUGAAGCUCCCAGUUUAAGCCUUGAUUGUGCCUCUCACUGUGUGUUACUAAGUAAUUACCAAGUCCUGUUGGAUAACAAAUUCUACUGAAUGAAUACAGAUGAGAACAAAUAAUGACUUGAUAACUGGAAACACAAGUAACGUUUUUAAAAGAAAAAGAAGAGUGAAGUGUUGGCUGUGUUAUUCCCACCUGUGUGUACAUUAUACUGCACAUCAUAUGUGUGUGCAUUGAAAGAUAAUAUAAUUUUGGACCAACUAUGUUUUGCAUUCAGCUAAGAAAAUAAUUCUUAAAGAUACUGGAUACAUUGGUCUGCAUACGACGUCAACUUUGUACACUUUUGGGUUUGAACUGUCAGUGCUCUUCUGGUGAUUGAAAAUGAAUACGCCAAGUGUCUUUAUUUAUGGACCUAAAAAAAUUAAGACUCGUUAAGAAAGCUAUAGAGGAGCAUUAGUACUCCCCAUAAUGUUUCUUGGAAUAAAUCAAGUAGAUAUUUUAGACUAAGAGCUGAAGCUCGGCUGGAAUAAUACCCAAGGGACAGAAGGGUCACAGCGAUCAGAAAACUGUCCUACAGUGUUUCAUAUAUCAACAGUGUUAUCAGCAUGUAGUCUGAUCCUGGCAGAUCUCAAAAGCUAAGCAAAGCUGAGCCUCAUCAAUACUGGAGUGGCAGCUCUCUAAGGGACCUGGGGGACAAGUGUCUUCAGGUUUUCAUUCCAUUUUUAAGCAGUUUCUUAUUAAACCCUUAAUUGAACCAUUUGAUUGGGUCCAACAGUCAUGACUUAGUCUCAUAAAUCUGUUUUCAACAAAUAUUGUAUGCUAUCAAUUUAUCAAUUAAUGACGUGCAGUCAUAGGUGGUAUGAUCCCGUUAGUUGGAAUUUACCCAAAUCAUUGAUGCAAAGGAGAGGGGACUUUAGACCUAGUAUCUGAUAUGGGUUUGUUGCUAAUUUUCUAUUGAAGAACUGAAAUGGUGUUAAGACUACAAGGGCUCAGUUCGGUUCAAGGGCUUGAUGAGCCAAACUAAGAAAGGUCUGAUGAAAUGAUAAACGGAGGACAGAAGAUCUAGAGCUGGUAGAUGGUGCUCUUAGAAACGCCUGUUUGUUCCUAUAAGGGAUAGGUGACAAACCUUUUUUUUUUUGUGGGGCAGAAUUUCCAGAAUAACACCCCAGUAUGCUUAUAGGUGCCUCUGUGCUUGUAGGAGGUGCUGUCUUUCAAAAGAGACAUUAAAGAUCUUAUUUCACUGUUCAUUGGAGUAGCGAUGUUAACUCUGGUGUCCUGGCUAAAUUCUACUUGAGGCUGGUACAACCUGGUCUCCCUGCAAUUACAGCAUUGGUGCAGUAAUUCUGGUCUUAUUUACCUGCUUUACCUGGUCUGUUUGGUGGGUAUACUGCUUGAUCGCAGCCAUGCAUCAUCUGGGUGAGUACUGCACAUCAGUGGUGGAAAAAGUUAACGUAAGGUAUUUAGGGUUUGUUCGGUAUGAAGAGCACUGUAUGAAAUUUAAAUUAACUACCUUGCCGUUUUCCAAGAUCUACAUAAAACCCAUGUAUGUCACCUGGCUGUGUAAAAACCUUAGUGAUUGAGCGCAAAAGUAUUUUACUAUGGUUUUAACCUUAAACUAAUAUUCCUAAAGUGAGUGGCUGUUAAAUUACACCACUUAUUUUUUUAUGGGACCUUUAUUAUUGUUAGCUUAGACAUUACAAAGUCUAUCAAAUGCCAGAGACAGCCUAAACAUUACCUAGCAAUAGGAGGAUCCAUCUUCAAUCAUCAACAGUUUAUGUGACUACAGUUGGCUUUUUCCAUGUGAACACCUGUGAUUAACACACUUACUUUUACCCCCAUGUGAUGUUAAAUCGAACACGAUAGAAGAUUUGUAUGGGUGAUUGAGAAUACUGUGCUGAAGGAAUGUUUCAUUCCAUUUAACAUCCUUUUUAACAAGACUGCUAAUGCCAGUAUAAAAUGUUACCAUUUCAUAUUAAUACAUAAUUAAUCCCGUUAUGGCACAAUUGCAUGUACUUGAAGUUAUUUUGUGCAUCAGAAGUAUUUCAAAAGAGAUUUAACACUGGCUGCCACUUACUAUACAUACUGUACUCUCCCUUAAAGCAGUAGUAGCUACCAUGAAUGAUAAUAAUAACACCAUCUUUAGGAAGUGCACUUCUUUUUGUUCAACUAGAACUGUAAACUUUCCUUGUGCACACGCUUAAAGCCAUGCUCAAGUGGCAUUUGUUUCUUAAGCACAGCAUAUGAUUAAUGGCAAUUGAAGACUUCUAUCCAAUUUCUAACUGCUUUAUCAAUUGCAGGAUUGAAGGAGAGCUGGAGCCUGUCCUGACAAGCAAUGAAUGCAAGGCCAAAUAACUAAAAUCAAAGGUAGGUUAGAAUUGCCAUUCAUUGUGAAUUUUUCCCUCUGCUUUAAUCGUUGUCGUAUGACUGGCGUGCCGGUAUACUUGGCUGGAUAGCAGAUUGAAAAUGUUCAAUUCCUGGGGUGCUAUCUGCACGAAGGUUGCACGUUCUAUCCUUUGUUCAAGUGGGUUGCCUCUCACUGUCCAAAUACAUUCUGGUAGGUUAAUUGGCUUCUGGAAAAUGUGGUCCUCGGUGUGAGUGUGAGCCCUGCAAUGGACUGGAUGCCCAUCCCAGGUGUAUCCUGCCUUGCAUUCAUUGCUCGCUGAGACAGGCUCCAGCUCUCCUUCGAUUGCUACAAUGGAUAAAACUGUGAGAUGAGCAGAUUUGUACAUUUAUAACAUGGGUAUGCUUAAUUGACCUCUGUUCAGGUUCUUUUGUAAAACAGGAUUUCCAUCUUUCCGUGUUUGACAGAUUAAGCAAACGAAAAAUAAUGAGCACUUCCAUUUCAAAUAAUAUGUCGAGUAUCAAAAAAACCAUAUCAUUUAGAAAAACUAGCGAUGGUGGCUACUGAUUGAAGGUUCAUUAAGACUGACUAUGUUGCACUAAAGUGACUAUUUUCAUAAGCAUAUAUUUCUCCUAAUUUGUGAUUAAACACAUACAAUGAAGUGAUUUUACCUGUUCAAUAUCAAAAUUAGUGAAAAUCAAUUAAGAAAAAAACACACCCCACUUUCUUUAUCAAGAGAACAUCAUCAUUGUGCAACUGCCGUGCAAGAGCAACACCUCUGGUAGACUCAUCACAGUACUACGUUGAUCAAAUCCUAGAGCCUCAUUUGCUGCCCUUCAUCCUGGCAUGACCUCACGCCGCUCAUAUUGCCUUUCUUGGGAGAUGAGUAGGUUAUACCUUUACUACAUGGUCACCGAGCUAAGUCCUGUAAAACAUGCAGUGGCUAUCCAAAGUAUUCACUCCCCCCCCAGACCUAUUUCUACAUUUUAUUAAAGUGUUUCAAUAUGGAAUCAGAAUGCAUUUAACUGUAGAGUGGUUUCUUUCAAUGGCAAAAACCCCAAAGUGUCAAAGUGAAAAAAAUCAAUAGAUCCUCCUAAAUUCAUUAUGAAUUUAGAACUGAAUAUAACAGAUUGAAUAAGUAUUCACCCCAUUUGAGUCAAUACGUGGUAAAGGCACCUUUGGGAAAAAUUAGAGUGUUUUCUUGGGUACAUUUCUACCAGCUUUGCACAUUUGGAGACAGCAGUUUUUGCCCAUUCUUCUUUGGAAAAUUACUCAGACUCCUUCAGGUUUAUGAACAGCAAGUUUCCACUCCUGCCACCAAUUCUUGAUUGGGUUGAGGCCUCGGCUUUGACGGGCCUCUCCAGAACAUUGAUUUUUUUCUGCGUCAUUGUCCUACUGGAGGAAAAGUUUUCUCCCAAGUCCCAUGUCUCUUGCAGACCACAGCAGGUUUUCUCCGUACUUUGCUGCGUCAAUUGUUUCUUGUCUUCACAAGUCUUCCAGGCCCUGAUGCAGCGAAGCUUUCUCCUAGCAUGAUACUGCCGCCACCACCAAGCUUUACCGUAGGGAUGGUGUUCUCAGGAUUGUGUUCACUGUUAACUUGCACCAAACACACCGCUUACCUUUGAGGCUUAAAGGUCAAGUUCUUACUUAUCAGACCAUAGAAUCGUCUUCAACUUGGUCUCAAAGUCUCCCAUGUGCUUUCUGGCAAAGUAUAGUCAAGAUCUGAUAUGAGUUUUGUGACUCUCCCAAAUUUGUGAGGCACCCAGGCAAUUAUCAUAUAUAGUUUCUCUAUUCUCAGGCAUGAAAGACUGUAAAUCCUUAAGAGUUUUCACAGGCCUCUUGGUGGCCUUCCUGACUAGAGCACUUCUUGCCUGGAAAUUCAAUUUUUGAGGGUACCUUGUUCUUCAGAAUUUCACAGUUGUGCCAUAUUUUCUACAUUUCUUUAUAAUUAGCUUUAUUGUGCUUUGGGAGAUAUGUAAUGCCUUGGAAAUUUUCUUAUAGCCCUUCCCUUCUUUUCAAUAACCAUAUCACAGAUUAACUUUGAAAGUUCCUUUGUCUUCAUGAUGUAAUUUUUGCUGGGAGCCGUAAUCAAUUACGGGACCUAUGAGAGAUGAUGAACUCAUGUAAAAACAUCCUAAUUGCACACAG